AUGAUGCUGAAGCUUUCGAGAGCCUUUUCCAGUUACCUGUGCUCCGGUCUUCCCCUGAGCUCGUUCACCCAUCACUUAAUCUCUCUUUCCCUGUCUCCUUGCAGCCACAAUGAGCGAAAGGUGACCUGCAAGCACCCGGUGUCCGGCAUCCCCUCCCAAGACAACUGCAUCUUUGUCGUAAAUGAACAUGUGAAUUGUGGAACGUUUGUCCAUGCCGACAAAGAGGCUCUCACCAGAGGCCUGUCUAAAAGCAAACAUCACAGCAUUUAUAAAGGGGCCGAGAUGAUGUGUGGAGCCGAACCGGUCGAAUGUCCGCUUGACCGAUCUCUCUCUCUGCCCAGGCCGGCUCCGAAGGCUUCGUCCGACCAGGGAAGCAGCACCGACAAGAAGGAACGUCCCACGAGCACCAUGAGUGAGGCCUCGAACUACACCGGCGGCUCCGAUUACAGCACCUUCCCGGGCAGCCCGGCCACCACCGUCACAACUGCCACAACCACGUCCACCUCCUCCGCAAGGCCAUCAAGGUCAUCUAAAAAAGUCCACAACUUUGGAAAGAGGUCCAAUUCCAUCAAGAGGAGCCUCGGUGCUCCUGUGAUCAAGAGCAACUGGCUCUACAAACAGGACAGCAGUGGCAUGAAGCUGUGGAAGAAGAGGUGGUUUGUUCUGUCUGACAUGUGCCUCUUCUACUAUCGCGAUGAGAAAGAGGACAACAUUCUGGGAAGCAUCCUGCUGCCCAGCUUUCACAUCUCGAUGUUGUCAGUGGACGACCACAUCAGCAGGAAGUAUGCCUUCAAGGCCACUCAUCCGAACAUGCGGACAUAUUACUUCUGCACCGACACAGCCAAAGAGAUGGAGUCCUGGAUGAAAGUCAUGACGGACGCUGCUCUUGUCCACACGGAACCUGUCAGGAGACUGGACAAGUUGAAAGUGGACCAGCGAACGCCUCAGGAGUUGAAUAACUUGCUCAACCACAGAGUGCUGACGCGGCCCGAGAUCCAAAACAACGAGCGUAACAGAGAGCCCGUGCGACAGAACUCCCUCUCGAGGGCCGACGACAAAUGGCAGAAAGACGGGGAGCAGCAAAACAGCCAGAGGGAGCGGGAGUACUACACCCUACAGAGAGACGGCGAGAGGUACUCGCUGAAGAAAGAUGGAGUCAGCUACAUGCUUCAAAAGGACGGAGAGAGGUAUCUUCUUCACAAAGAUGGAGAGCGGUAUCUAUUGCGACGAGAUGGGGAGAAGUACUCCCUGCAGAAAGACGGAGAGGUGUAUGCCAUUCACAGGGACCUGGAGAAAGUUCAGAAAGUGGACAACAAGUACACGGUGGCUCCGACUGAGGAGAAAUACGCUCCUUCUAAAGACCAAGAGAAGUACCUGCUCACAAAAGAUGGAGAAAAGUAUGCACUUCAGAAAGUGGGCGAUAGGCACACGCUCCAAAAAGACGGGCAAAAGUAUUUCCCCCAAAAGGAAGUAAAGAGGCAGCUUUCGCUAAAAGAGACGGACAGGUACAGCACGAUGAGGGAGAUGGGGAACAAGUACGGCACCAUCCACGUCGUGGACAAAUACGGUACGCUGAAGGAAGUGAGGAAGUACAGCACGCUACGAGAGGGGGAAAGGUACGCCGCCUUGACGGACGCCGAGAAGUACGCCACGAUCCGAGACGGGAGUAAGUACUGCUUCCAGAGAGACCCCAGCUCGGAGCGGCCUGUGGGUAAAAUCAGCAGCAUCAAGCUGCAGCCGGCCCAGGCCGCGGCCAUCGCGGCCGCCGUGUCGGCGUCGCGCCAGAACCAGGCCCACCUCCACCCCCAGAGGCCCGCGCAGGUCAGCGGCCCGGGCCCGGCGGAGCAACAACAGGGGGACGGCGCCCCGGCCAACGCGAACGUCUGUCCGGUCAAGGCUCCGGCCAAGCCGCCGGCCGUAGUCCAGGAGCCGGACAGUGGCCUGUCCAGGACGGGCUCCACACAGCAGCUGGAGCAUGUAACGUCCUACCAGACCUUGCCCAGGAACAUGCCUAGUCACCGUCCACACAUGGUGCCUCGCUACCCUGAAGGCUACCGGACGCUGCCGCGCAACGCGGUGAUGCGGCCCGACAGCAUCUCCAGCGUGGCCGGCUCCGUCUACGACCGGGCGCUCCGCCCGGUCUGCUCCGCCACCGUCAGCUCAGCGGAGAAGAGGAGGUCCAUGAGGGACGACACCAUGUGGCAGCUGUAUGAGUGGCAACAGAGGCAAGCCUUCUCCAGGCAGAGUCUGGCCCAACCGACAGCCGUGGGUCAUUAUGGCACCCUGCCGAACACAAAGACCAUGGGAAACAUCUCCGAACACACAAUGACGCAAUCCAUCCCGACCUCGCCGUCUCACGGAGCCCUGGCGCUCUACAGCACCUUCUCCCCUCCGCGCCAGCAGGUUGCUCACAACCCCAGCAGCACGCCGUCGGAGGUGUCCUCGCCAGUCCUCAGGGGGGACGGGACGUUGGAUCGCCGGCACAGGGCUCACGUCUCCAAGCAGUACGGAUACCCGUCUGACCGGCGUUCCAUAGCGGCCAGUGUCCCUCCUCAGACCAUCACCCCGCAGUCCCUGCAAGGCAAGACGCCUGAGGAGCUGACAUUGUUGCUGAUCAAGCUCCGCCGGCAGCAGGCGGAGCUCAACAGCCUGCGGGAGCACACAGUAGCUCAGCUAAUGGCCCUGGGUUUGGAGGGGCCCAACGCCAAGACAGAUGUUCUCUCUCACCACCUCCAGCGGAACCUUGUUUACCUUGACAGCCAGACGAAGGAGAAUGAACCUCUAAUCUUCAUGAUUCACACUAUGAUCGAGAACUCGGCGCCAAGGCCGCAACUCUACCAGCAACACACUUUGGAGACGGCCCUGCUGUCUGCGAGUCAGGAACUGAGCGAGCAGAGCGUCUCGGAUGCCGCGGCAACGCAAAGUCUGGUCCAGCAGAGAGACGUGCUGCAGAGCGGCCUGCUCAGCACCUGCAGAGAGCUGUCCCGAGUCAACACGGAGCUGGAGCGUUCCUGGAGGGAGUAUGACCGGUUGGAGGCAGAUGUCACUUUGGCCAAGUCCAACUUUCAGCGGCACAUCCAGAUCCAAAAGGAACUGUGGAGGAUCCAGGACGUGAUGGAGGCUCUGUCUAAAAAUAAACCCCAGCGGAGCACAGAAAGCAGUCUUCCAGGUAACAAGCCUCUCUCCAGCCAGCAGAAGAAUGAGGCAGUGACGAUGCUGCCCCUCAGUCCUCUAAAGGAGGGUAACAAUGUGCCCCCACGUCCGCCCCUCCCUCAGUACUACGACUCAACAGAGCUCCCUCUCCACGUGCCCCCCCUCCACUCACAUCCCGGCAGUCGGCCUCCCCACUCCCACCGUCCCGAAGAGCGCAAGGCCAGCUCCAGGAACGGAGCGCACUCUCAAAAUCCAGAUUAUCGGCUGUAUAAGAGUGAGCCUGAGCUUACCACAGUGAAGGAGGAAGUGGACGAGGCCAAUGGUGAGGACAAGACUGAGACAUCAGCCGAAAGUAAAGACACUACAACCUCAAAAGCAGCACCCCCUUACCCAGUGGGCAUUGUCCCUCCCAGGACCAAAUCCUCCAUGAAUCCUCCCGAGUCUUCCACCAUUGCUUCCUACGUCACCCUAAGAAAGACCAAGAAACCAGAACCCAGAUGUGAUCGUCCCAGGAGUGCAGUGGAUCAGAUGGGAUUCGGGGAGCGGGAGGUUGGCAGAACAAGGAUGAGCGUGGAGGAGCAGCUGGAGAGGAUAAGGAGAAACCAGGAGGCCUCGUCGCUCCGUGAGAAGAGGAGAGAAACCCCCUCUCGCUCACCCUCUUUCAACAAAGACAAACCCUUUCAUAUCCUGCAGAAUCGUACCCCGGCCGAAGGGUCCUGUCCGGAUCCCGUGGAGCUGGAGGCAGCCCUGCAGCAGCUGAAGGUGGCCGCCAUGACGCAAACCAGGGCAGAGGCAGAGGCUGCAGAAGCUCACGUAGAGGAAGCACCCUCCUCACCCCAGGGGAUGCAGAAUGCAGAGGAACAGGCAAAUUCCAAGUGUGAAGAGGUACAACAGAAGAGGGAAAAGCAGGCUGGGACCAACAGUAUAGACAAUGAGCCAUGCGAAAGCCGGAGGGUGGUGAUUCUGGACCUAGGCACGGAGCCACAGCGUGUGGAGAUUGUGAACUUCCAACCUUUUGUGGAUGACGAUGGCAGAGAGCCAGAUCUGACCAGCUCCCCCACGAACACCACCACUGAAAACAGCUUUCAGACACCAAGCCCCGAACCCAAGGAGGAGGAAAAGGACGUGAGCCAGCAAAUGAACCAACAGGAAAACCUGGAGAAGAGCCUGGAAUCAUAUAACCAUCUAACAACGGACAACAAGAAACACAAUAAUAAUAACAUGUUGGCCUCUCAGACAUUCACCUUGGUGAGCAGUGACACGUGA